CACCUUUGGCGCCGGUUGAGCUGAGCGGACGACAUAAUAACAUCACUCCUCUGUCGAGAAAACGGUAUAGAUUUUUUUAAGUGUUCAGUGUUAUCAGAAUCAAAAUGAUGCUUCCAACGAAAUGUAACUUCAUAUGGCUUACACUGUACGUGGUACUUUGUAUCAUACUGCCGGUGCUCUCGCAACCCCGUAGGCGAGUUACUAAGCCUACUGCAACCACCUAUGAGUGCAAGCAUGAGCAAUUUCUGGGAGAUAAGUACUGCGUUUUCCAUAACGUUGUGUACAAUGGACGCAACGCUAUCGCGUUUAAAGCUCCGUCAUCAAAGGAACAGCAAAUCGCCUUUGUUGACAGCAACCUGAAGCACAUCCCGAUGGAAUUACUCACUGCGUUCCCCGAAAUGCGUGUACUGGAUGUAACCAACUGCAACCUGACCACCGUCAUGAUCCCGAAAAACCUGGAACGUCUUUAUGCGUCGAAAAACUCCAUCAACAAAGUCAUAGUCCUUCAGGAGCCAGCGACCACGACUAUGAUCGAGCUGGUGCUCGACUCGAACCGGCUACAGGACAUCUCGAACAUUACUCGCCAGCUGAAGAAGCUGGAAAUACUGGACCUGAGCGGCAACAAGCAACUCCCUCAGGAGAAAGCCAUCGAGCUGGGCUGGUUCGUGGGGCUGAAAAAUCUGCGUCAACUACUGCUGGCCGAUAUCGGAGUGUAUUACAUUGAUAAUGAACGUGCCUCCAGCCUGCCGGAGCUCCAGCUACUCGAUCUGUCCAACAACGAUCUGAUAACGUCGAAUCUGGAUGUUAGCGUGUUUGCACCGCUACACAAACUGGAGUCACUCCAGCUGGCCAACAAUCAGCUCACAAAUCUCGAUGCACUCGAGUUGACGGAAAACAAUAAUCUAAAGGAAAUUUUCCUGGAGGGUAAUGAUUUUACCUGCGAUUUUCAAGCACUUUUGGUGAAACAUUUGAUCGAGUCCAAUAUUGAUUAUCCGGUCGAACACAAGGAUGCUGACUGCAUGCAGGGCUACUGGAAGCGGGAUAACAUGUGCUGCCGAAGUGGGCUCCUCGCUUGAAUGAAUCUGGAGGCUGAUCACAAUGCUUUCGUCGCUUCGUCAACAUUAGUACUUAAGAUAUUUAUUAAACCACAUACAAAACUAAAUAUUGAUGGAAAAUCAUUAAAAAAAUUUAAUAAAAAAAGACAG